GCUAUAAAACCCCAAAUAUUCAAAGUCUACAACGUAAUAAAAUUUGGAUAAUCCAGUAAUUAAUGUUGUAUACUAGUAGUUGAAUUUCUCAAAACCAUUGUAUUAUAUAUAAAAUCAUUCUUAGUUGUAGUUGAAUUUCACAAAACAAUUGAACAAAAAAAAUUACUAAUUUUUUCACUGAUAUCAUCUACUAAUCUGCUUUGCUUUGCUUUGUUUUCUCCGCUCUGCGCUUUGAUAACAUUUUUUUUUAAUCAAUGAAGUAUAUCUGUUAUCGUGGUUUUGCAUUUUCUUCUAUAUGAUGUGGCUUCCCGGAAAUUUAUUACAGAUGGUUUUUACUAUUAGUAUUUAGCCUUUUUGUUUGGUACUUGUAAAUCGAUAGUUUAUCUGUAGAUAAAAUGGAACCAAAGGGGGUUGGAUUGUUAGAUAGUGGCCGUAGGACUGUGGUUGGAGCAAAGAGUAAAGUGGCUUCUCAGAAUUUGGCACAUUUGUUUAGAGCCAGCAGUGAGAAAAUAUCAAUUCAAUCCAACUGUGAUAGCAAGCUUGAGAAGAGGAAAAGGAUCGUUGACUGCAAGUCUAAUUGUCAAUCACAUCUCAGGAAAUCUGUACACAAGAACUACCUGAACUUUAAGAGAAGCAGACUGCCGCAACGUGUACUGUUUUAUCAGAACGGUGAAUGGACCGACUUCCCUCAAGAUAUUAUUCCUAUAGUUAAAGAAGAUUUUCGGGCAAAAAAGGCUGUUAUUGAGGUGAAAGUUUGUGACUUUCAUAUAAUUCUUGAUACUCUACAUAUGGUUCAAAUAGAUAUGAUAAAUGGUUUACAGAAACCUAUUGCCUGGAUAGAUGAAGUAGGUAGGUGUUUCUUCCCUGAGUCGUAUCUUAUCAGUAGUGAAAUACAUGGGAAUUUGGGAACCCUGUCAAAGAGAACUGAAGAGUUCAUGACAACUGAGCCAGAUAGGAUAACUGAUAUUAAGUUGCAACUCGACAUUGACUUAAAUGGACUGGAUAAUCGUAAUUUGGAAGAAGAUGUGGAAGAGUCAAAUAUCGGUUAUAAGAGGAUUAAAGUAUAUCCUCCUAAAGAUAGUCAAGAAUUUACUGAUUAUAAAAAAUCAGAUGCAAAAAUGGAACAAGUUGCAGAAAAUAAACAGAACCAGGAAACACCGUCUCCUGACUCAGUAGCUAGCCUGAAAUUGGUGAAUGCAGAAUCUGUCGAAAAUAUGUUUAUUAUGGGAAUGAAUGUUAUCCCCAACAAGGAUGAGAUCAAAAUUACCAAAUGCUCUAGUAAUUAUUUGAGAACUCGCUUGGAACUCUUUGAGAAGCAGGUUGAAAUAACGCAAAAAUAUCGUGGAAACGCAAAUGUUCGAUAUGCUUGGCUUGCCGCUUCCAAAGAUUUGAUAUCUACAAUUAUGAAGUACGGCCUUGCACCUGGAGGACCUAAGUAUAGGCCUAAAUUUGGAGUUGGAGUUCACCUUAGUGCUCUCCAUUGUGCCUCCAAAAGUGCUAUUAAUUGCGAUGCUGAUGAAAAUGGCGUACAUCACAUGGUUUUUGCUCAUGUAAUUUUGGGUAAUGUGGAACCUUUGCACUGCGGAUCUGAACAAUGGCAUCCCAGUGACGAAAAAUACGAUAGUGGAGUUGAUGAUCUCGAGAAUCCUACUCAUUAUGUUGUUUGGAAUAUGAAUUUGAAUACACAUAUAUACCCAGUGUGUGUUGUGAGCUUCAAAAUUCCUCCAGGAGCUGAAGGACCCCGCUUUGGAAAUGAUAGUCGGAUUGAUGUCUCAGGUGUCAAUACUUGUCCUUGGGGCCCUGUGGAACAGGGAAGUCAUCGUUAUCAAAUAUCACUGGUUAAGUUGGCCCUAGAAGAGGCUACGAGGAUUCCAAAGUCCCUUGGGGUGCCAUUUUCCUUGUUGAUUGAUGCAAUCUCCAAUGAAGUAACUGCUGAGAAAAUGAACCAUGUUACUAGAAAUCUUGAGUUGCUUGAGUUCAAGAAGAUAUGUAGGGAUGAAUUUGAGAAACGGUUGAGGUUUAUUGUAGGCGAUACACUGUUGAAGUCCACAAUGAAAAGUUUGCUGUGCAAGAUACAAUCUAAACCCAUUGAAUUGGUUCAGCCAAAGCAAGAGCCACAAAGUGCUGCCUUCAAAGGAAAUACUGCCCAAUUCCAUUGGCUAGAGCCACAGACCGAGUAACCAUUAUGUGGAACACCUUCUCUCUGUUGUAGUGAGAUUGUUUAGAUUGUUGGAUUUCCUUUCCUACAGUAAUGUGAUGGUAAAACAUCUGAUCUUUUGUCCUAGAAUAUGGAUUCCUAAAGUAGUUAGUUUCCUUUUUUCGAACUAGCUUAACAGUUUAGUUUCAGCUACUCUUUGAAAUGAAUGCUUAUAAAGUUUGUCUUUGAAGUUUAUAUUUCAUCCUCGUUCUGCCUUUGAUCCA